UUGUAGUGAAUAUAACUUUGUUGGGUUAUUUGUCAAAAUUGUUAUAAAAAUCAAAACAUGCUUGGUAUAAAUGUACCCUGUAUCAAACAUAGAAUUUGUGUAUUUCAAAAUUUCAUUGUGAACGAGUAAUAUAAUCUCGAAAAUGGCAGGAUGUUUCAACAACGGAAUUCACAACCCUUUGACAUUUCAGCAAUUAGAUAUUUUGGCUGAUAUAUUGAGUCGCGAAAUGUUGUCAGUCCAUCAAGAGUAUUGCAAUAAGACAGAAUUUGUUAACGAAAGACUAAUGAAAGCUACCCAAAAUGAACAUCAGAUUUAUGAUGUGGUAAAAUUAUUGGGAAAACUUAAACUGGAUGUCGAGAGAUUGGAAGUAGAAUUGCAGUGUAUGGAUGGCGAAUUACAAAGCUAUAUGAAAACAGUUGACGAUAUGCACAAGCCAAAUUAUGGUUACUGCAGUUAUCGGCGUGAAACUAAAUCAGAAAGAAAUGGUUUUAUGGAGUUGAUGCAGCAAACAGAUUUUAAAAUGUUGGAAAUGGAAAAUUUUUUAUGCGAAAUGCAAGCAUUUCUGAAGUUCACUGGCCUCAACAAGGGUCCAUAUGAUGUUGUAAGUUUAUGCAAUAUAGAUCAUUCAAAUUUUAAACUAUCACAAUGAAGUGCUUUGUAGUUUGGAGAAAAAGAUGGAUGUGAUGCUGGAUAAGAUCCUGAUGAUAUCCACCACAUUACAAUUACCACCUACAAAUUAAUAAGUCAUAGUUUCUAUAUGAACGAUGAUGCAAUGAUUUUGUAUUGUCCCUCUUAUUGUGUAUUAACAUUUCCAGCAUGUAAUGUGACGUUUUGUUUAUAAAAAUACAUGGUAAAUAUGAUUGUUUAAUGAACCUUUGAA